AUGUCGGUGUGUUGGAGGCGGCGUGGUUGCAGUGCGCACUUUGGUUCGCGGCCCUCCGCGGCGGCGCCGUGCCUUGUCCUUCUGCUGCUGCUGCUGCUUCCGUUACCCCCGCACGGCGCAGCCGUCCAAGCCGCAGAUCCUUACACCCUAGUGAAGAUUUUGAUUGUUAGGCAAAAUGAUCUUGGCCCACUCACCCCAAUGUCCACCGCAUUUUACGCCGGCCUGCGUGCGUCGCUGAAGACGCACGUCUACACGUAUGCUCGCGAUGUUCCGCUAGAUAUUGUCUAUAGCAGAGCGAAGUUGGCCGGCUACGUCAAUGCUCUGGAGAAAGUGAUGCAAAAAGAAGAGGGCAUUCUCACUCUUCUGGCCCAGUUCGGUGACGCCUCUGUGAUGGAGGUGCGUUCUACUUUAAAUCGCUUUGACCUCGUUUCUUUUGCC